AACCCAAGUCCCUCCCACCGGAUGACGUAAGGGCCAGUCUGCGAGUGAAAUGGCGAUGUUGGACAAUAACAGCCGUCGCGUUUGCAGACCACAUCUGUAUUAUGUGGCUAGCGCCGAAAAAGACGCCUCCAGCCGGCUGCGCCAACACAUAUAGUCACGGCUCCGGGCACGAGCGUCGACCUGCGACGAGGAGACGGGAUUCCACGGCGUCCGCGCGCGAUGACAGUUUAGCCUGAACCGCUGGUGUGACGUGCGAACAGACACCAUGGCUGCGCUGGAACCGUCCCCGCCCUCAUCCAUGGAGAGCAACAAGCCCGGCUUCCCCAAGAAGAUCCUGGGCAACAAGCUGGAGGACAAGCACCUGUGCAACUGCUGCCACAACAUCCUCCGACGACCCAUUCAGGCCCAGUGCGGACACCGCUUCUGUUCCUACUGCUUCAACAGGACUGUGAGUAAUGGACCUCAGAAAUGCAACGCUUGCAUUAAAGAGGAGAUUUUUGAGGAACCUACAUCCAUUUUAAAGCAAGGAUGCGCUUUUCCUGACAAUGCGGUUCGCAGGGAAGUGGAAGGUUUGUCUGCCGACUGCAUCAACGAAAACUGUCCCUGGAAAGGCACCAUCAAAGAGUAUGAGCUGGACCACGAGGGGAAGUGCGAGUUCAUGAUCAUCCCCUGCCCCUCCUGCAAAGAGAGAAUCCGCUUCAGCGAGCAGGAGCGCCACAGCGAGCGAGAAUGCCCGGAGAGGACGCUCAACUGCAAGUACUGCAAGGAGCCGUUUCACUUCAAAAACAUCAAGGCACAUGAUGAGAUCUGCCCCAAGUACCCCAUGAUCUGUGAAGGCUGCGCCAAGAAGAAAAUACCCAGAGAGAAGUAUGUGGACCACAUUAAAUUCUGCAGCAAAUUCAGAACUCCGUGUAGAUUUCACGUCGUCGGAUGUGACAUGUCUGUGGAGAAGGAGAAGAUCCACGACCACGAGCGCGCCUUUGCAUACGAGCAUCUCAACCUGCUGCUGCAUUACAUCAUGGGCAUGAAAGUGAGCAUGGAGGGCCUGCAGCCCCAGGGCCUGGAAACAGCUGGACACAAACUGGUGGAACUCCAAAAAUCCCUCAGGGACCUCGAGGCCAGAGUCUCCCAGCUCAGCACCACCUCCUCUGGGCCUCCCGUGCAGGGAGCCGCCGCCUCCUCUUCAUCUUCUAGCUCCGGUCCCCCUGGUCCGCCCGCCUCCGUCCCGCUCCCUCCCCCGCCCACCCUCCCUCCAACUCUGUCAGUGUCUACCUCCUUCACGCCCCUGCCCAGCUCGGUGGGCGCGGCGCUGGAGCUCCAGCUCCACAGCGAGAAGACCAAGGUGGCCGAACUGGGCCGCCGGUGCACGGAGCUGGAGGUUAAAUCUGGCACGUUUGAAAAUGUGGUGUGCGUCCUGAACAGAGAGGUGGAGCGGUUCACCACCACCAUGGAGGCAAGCAACCGGCAGCAUAAACUGGACCAGGAUAAGAUCGAGGCUCUGAGCAACAAGGUGCGGCAGCUGGAGAGGACGGUGGGGCUGAAGGACCUCACGGUGGCAGAGAUGGAGGGUCGACUGAGGGAAAUGGCCGCCACCACCUUCGAUGGCGUCUUCAUCUGGAGGAUCUCCGACUUCGCCAAGAAGCGUCAGGAUGCCGUCGCGGGGCGGGCUCCUGCUAUGUUCUCGCCAGCCUUUUACACCAGCAAAUACGGCUACAAGAUGUGUUUACGGAUCUACCUGAAUGGAGAUGGGACGGGGCGGGGCACCCACCUGUCCCUGUUCUUUGUGGUAAUGAGGGGACUGAGUGACGCUCUGCUCAAAUGGCCUUUUAACCAGAAGGUGACCCUGAUGCUGCUGGACCAGAGCAACAGGGAGCACAUCAUCGACGCCUUUCGACCUGAUGUCACUUCCUCCUCCUUCCAGAGACCCGUGAGCGAGAUGAACAUCGCCAGCGGCUGUCCGCUCUUCUGCCCGCUCUCUAAGCUGGACGCCAAAAACUCUUACAUUCGCGACGACACCAUCUUCAUCAAAGCCAUUGUGGACCUCACAGGCCUUUAGAUGGCCCCGCGGGGGCGCAACUGCGCGGCAACCAAGCAGCUCUUUGACCAUUCGUUUGGCUCAGACGCGGUCCCAUCGCGAGCUCUCUGCUGGGGCGUGUUUCCGUGUCUGCUCAGUCCAGUCGCUAGCGACAGCGUCGUCUCGCGUCCCGUCACCGCUGUACAUUUUGGGCGCGAAACGUGCUUUCCUUUGACAUCUCCCUCUGUGGGAUGAAAUGAGUUGUCCGGUGGAGUACACGGAGGUAGACCGCAGGGCAGCGAAGAGGACCUCACCUCCCGCCCAUGGCGUUAGAUCAGGAUUGUAGAUUACAGAUAGUUCGUGUGGUCGUUUCGGGUUAAGCCGGCUUGUUCUAGAGGUAGAGCUUGACGCCGUGUUUGCUUCUUCUUGGACAUCGUGGAUAUUGUGAGCUUCCAGUGUCGAGUGACUUUGCAUAGACAAACGUGGAGUUGCGUUAUGAGUAAAGAUAACAGGCUCGUUUUCUGUUCGCUUUCGUAGCAAACUGCAUGCCGCCGGCGCUUUUUUCGGCGCUCCUUCUUUCCAGCGAGCUUCUGCAGAGGUUUGUUGUUGAACUCAUUAGUGACUAAGCCAUCCGUGAUGGUGGACAUUGCCUGCAUGUGUUUGGAGUGUUGCGUGUUCGAUGCCGUUCCGGGGGGGUUGGCGGUUCCGGUUGGUGGUUUGGUACAUCUGUGGAAGAUACAGCGGAGUUACCAAGGAGUCAGGGCAGCUUGCCGGUCAAUCCUGAGGCAGAAAACCUGCAUGUGUUUUUGUCUCAGACAAAACAUACAUCGCUGGAGUUUUACCCGCUUUUUCUCACAUCUCAACUCAUACUACUGUGCCCCACCACAGGCGGAGGUCAACACAGAGUCCACGGUUCGG